AUGGUAGCAUUCUCAGCGCAAGGACACCUCAACCCAAUGCUCCGACUCGGCAAACGCCUAAUCUCCCACGGCCUCCACGUCACCAUCGCCACCACCCACCUUCAACCCGGCCGCCGCCUCUUCAAACCCUCCUCCUCCUCCUCCGCCACGGGCCACGACAUCGACUUCCUCUUCUACUCCGACGGCCUCGACGGCCGCAAGGUCGACAUCGACACCUUCAUGGACUCCUUGUCCCAACACGGUCCCACCAACCUCACCAAACUAAUCCACCAAAAUUACCAUACCGCCCCCUCUGACGCUAACAACAGCACCGGAACCCGCAAAACGCGGCGGCGGCGGCGGCUUUGCUGCAUAGUCAGCAACCCUUUCGUCCCCUGGGCAGCCAACGUGGCACACGACCUCGGCAUCCCCUGCGCCAUGCUCUGGAUCCAGCCUGUCGCCCUCUACGCCGUCUACUACCGUUACUACCGCAACCUGAACCCGUUUCCUACCUUAACGGACCCCGACCUGACCGUCAACCUGCCCGGGCUGCCCCCGCUGCGGACCGAGGACCUCCCGUCCUUCGUCCUGCCCACCAACACCUUCGGCGCGUUCUCCAAGCUGUUCUCCGAAAUGUUCGGAGCCAUGGAGAAGCACGCGUCGUGGGUUUUGGCGAAUUCGUUCCACGCGCUGGAGGCGGAUGUCAUCAUCAACUCGUCGAAAGAUCUCUUCCCGGUCGUCCCCGUGGGCCCACUCGUGGACCCCUCGCUUCUGGGGAAGGGAGAAGAGGAGGAAGCGGACGGGGCGGUCAACCUGUGGGAGGUUGACCACUCCUGCAUGGAAUGGCUUGAUGAACAAGCAGCCGGGAGCGUGGUGUACGUGUCAUUCGGGAGUCUGGCCACGUUAUCGGCCGACCAGUCCGCCAGCCUGGAGAGGGCUCUGAAGGAAGGGAGGUGGCCGUUCGUUUGGGUGGUGAAGGGGACGGAGGCCGGGGAGCUGUCCACGUCGAGCGGAGGAGGACAAGGGAUUGUGGUGGCGUGGGCCCCACAGACGAAGGUGCUGGCCCACCGGGCGGUGGGAUGUUUCGUGACGCACGGCGGGUGGAACUCCACGCUGGAGGCGGUGGCGGCGGGGGUGCCGAUGGUGGUGUAUCCUCAAUGGUCGGACCAGCCGACCAACGCGAAGCUUGUGGAGGAUGUUUUUGGGGUGGGAGUGAGGGUUAGGGAAAAUGGAGACGUGAAGAUGGUAGUUGGGAGUGAGGAGAUGGGGAGGGCUAUACGGGAGGUUAUGGAUGGGCCGAAGUCGGAGCAGAUUAAGGGUAACGCGAGGAGGUUGAAGAUAGCGGCGGGGGAAGCCGUGGCCGCCGGCGGAGAGGGGACGUCGAAGGUGAGUGUGAGGAAGUUUGUGGACGAGAUUGUUGGGAGGUCGUGUUCUUCCAGUGGGCCAUGUUGUGGUGAAGGGAUUAGCUAA